AUGAUUGAUGUCAGUUUAGAGAUACCAAAAUCUUAAGGUGAUUUUGAAUGGGUUUAAGCUUAGAUUUUGUCAGUAGGAAAUGAUGAAAUUCUUGAACUAAACUUUAUCUACGAUAAAUGGCAACAAUAAAAAAGGUUUAGCAUGUGGUCUGUCAAAAUUGAGUAGUUUGGAAUACAUACAAAAGAUUUAUAUGAAUAAAGAGAUAAGGUUCAAAUAAUGAUGCAAUUUGAUAUAAAUGACAUUAUGAUUUGGUAUAGAUCAAUCAUUUUAGGCAUCUAAGAAAGAUAGGAAUAUAAUAGUGGAAUUAUUAUUAAAAUGGCUUUUAUUGGAUAUAGAGUAUACUGUGAGUAAGGGAAUAAAGAUGAUGAAAUGGGAUCAUUCGUCGGUUGGUCAUCUAAAUUUGAUGAAUGGAUUCCACUAAAUUCUUUACGUAUUAGGCCAUUGCUUACAUAAACCUUGAAAUAAAGAUUAUAAUAUGAAAAAGAAACUUUCAUUUUACCGAAUUCAGCAUUACAAUCACUGGAGAAUGUAAAAUAUAUUGUUUAAAGUGGAAUAGAUAUCGAUGAAACUACAGGUUUAAAUGAAUCAACCCUAUUUAUUGCAUGCUAAUUAGGUAGAUAUGAUAUAGUUGAAUAUUUAAUUUCACUUAAAGCUGAUAUAAAUAAGAGAACUUACUACUAUAUUUCACCUUUGAUUGCAGCUAUCUAAGGGGAGCAUUUCGAUAUUGUUAGAUUAUUGGUAGAGAAUGGUGCAGAUGUAAAUUUGAAUAAUAAUAAUAUCUAUGCUUCAUAGAAAAUAAAAUAAUUGCAAAAAAUGUUAUAGCUGUUGAUUUAUGAUAUUCAAGAAUUUAAAAGAAUUAAGGAUAUUUUAAAUCAUCUUGAUGGAAAAUAUUUGCCAGAUAAAAUCGAAGCCUCUUAUAAUAAGAUAAAUAAGAAUAUAUUCCGCAAAGUUAUCACUGAGUAUAUUUGA